AUGGCGCCGUCUAGGUCUGGUACAUGCGCCCACCGGUCCAUAUCUUUUACGUUUUCGCCUCACGCCGAGAAUGCCGGCUUCCGAAGACAAAGCAGUAGACAGCGACUUGCAGCAACCAGGUCAUCAUGUCUAUCUAACCAACCAAAACCCGACCUGGCGACGGACGAUCCAAAGACCUUCCCAGCUCCGUUAUUGCUGCCUGGUGACGACCUGGCCGAAGAUCCUGACUAUCCGACUCAAAGUUUUCAAAAGUGGCUCGGUGAAAUUUCCCGCAAUAAACUCACGCCGAAGCGUAAGACAAUCUAUGUGAUUCCUCCACCUCAGAUCGGUGACGAGGUCGGCUUCAUGCAAUCGUGGAUCAAGCCGGGUUCUCACGCUGCAGAAAGCCGAGCUCAACUACCUUGUCCUCAAGAUGUAUGUGAUUAUCUAGAAGCAUUUUACCACGGUGUGUCCGUCAAGCUCCUCCCUCCUUCGACGUUCACUUUCACAACGUGGGAGGAAGAGGACCGGAAAGCAUCAAAGGCACGCAAAUCUCCCAAACUGAGAUAUGUGGGUCUGAAAUGUGGUACCGGCGUUACUCGUAUCCGUGCCCGUCCCUCGCCCGAUGAAGUCUUUCGCGGACAAGUGAAUCUCAAUGAUCUUCUGGAUGCCGUUAUAGCGAUGCUGCCUCAAGACGCAUUUUCGGUGCAGCUCUUCAUGCACCAUGAUAUGUACGAAGAUGAAGAGGACGAGUUUGGCUGUGGCCGUGCGUAUGGCGGAAGUCGGGUCUGCGUUGUCUCAAGUGCGCGAUAUGAUCCUGCCUUGGAUGAAGUGGAAGAAAUUAAUCGACUUCAUGCCUGGCCAGCAUCCCAUUGCGAGGACUACAUCUCUAAAUGCUGUUCCGAAUUCGACCCGAAGGCAAAACGACCAAAAACUGUUAAGACAAGAACUAAGGAUUCGGAAUUAAGCUCGUCUCCACUCGGUCCUAUGGAAGCGGCAAUAUCUGUCUAUCGAUCUCUUCCAACGUCUAAUUUGUCGCUUCCGGAACUCUCGGCGCUUUGGCUGGGCCGAACCUGCCGUACUGCAGUCCACGAGCUAGGACACUGUUUCGGCAUGGGCCAUUGUGUCUACUACGCCUGCUCAAUGCAAGGCACUGCAUCUAUUCGCGAGGAUGCUAGACAGCCACCAUACCUCUGCCCGGUAGACCUUGCUAAGCUUCUUCAUGAAACCAAAGGCACUGCAAAUAAAAGAUAUCAAGCUCUGCUGGAUUUUUGUGAGCGGCCUGGGAACAAGGGGGCUCACUUCUUUGCACCUUUCGCAGCGUGGCUUCGUGCAAGAUUGCAGGCUAUGUAUCCGAUCAUAGAUUUGACCUAA